AAUGUCAAAUAUGAAAUUUUAUUGUUAAAAAAAGAAAAAAUUUUAUUCAGGAAUUUUUUUAGAGUCAAAUUUCGUGGGUGAUGAAAGUCAGUUGGUUCCAUUAAAGAGAAAUAAAAAUCUGUUAAAAAAUCUUUUAUUUGUAAUUUGGAAAAUUCAGUAUCAUGACAACGCAGAAGGAUUUCUCGUGUAUUGGGGGAUUGGAUAAACAUAUUAACAUUGUCAAGGAGAUGGUGUUGUUUCCCUUGAUGUAUGGCUGGGUUUAUUCGAAAUUCCAUCUGAGGCCACCCAGAGGUUUACUAUUCUAUGGACCACCAGGAACCGGAAAGACACUGGUGGCGAGUGCCCUAGCAGUGGAAUGUAGUAAUUCCGAGAGAAAAGUGUCAUUCAUCUCUCGAAAGGGUUCAGACUGUCUUUCCAAGUACGUAGGGGAGAGUGAGCAUAAACUUCAGAAAAUCUUCACCAUGGCACAGCAGAAUAAACCCUGCAUCAUUUUUUUCGACGAAGUUGACGGUUUGGCACCGGUGCGAACAAGUCGACAGGAUUUCGUUCAUGCGAGUGUUGUAUCGACUCUCCUGGCAUUGAUGGAUGGACUGGACAACAACUCGGAAAUUAUCGUGAUCGGUGCGACCAAUAGAUUGGACGCCAUCGAUCCAGCUCUGAGAAGACCUGGCAGAUUCGACAGAGAACUUUAUUUCCCGUUACCCUGUUACACAGCUCGGAAGGACAUUUUGUCCGUUCACGUGAAGAAUUGGAAGCAGAAGCCAGCAGUGAAAUUCAUUGCUUAUCUGGCUUCAAAGACCGUGGGCUAUGGUGGAAGUGAUCUGCAGGCACUUUGUGCUGAAGCCGUCAUGUGCUGUGUCAGGAGACAUUAUCCGCAGAUCUAUACAUCCAAGGCGAAACACCAGAUCAAUGAGAGAGCUCUAAAAGUAGAGAAACAAGAUUUUAUGAAGGCCCAGCAGAGCAUCGUGCCAGCAUCGCAUCGAGUUUCAAUAAUUCCCAUCAAGUGUCUCUCUCCAAAAGUCUAUCCUCUCCUCCAAGAUACUCUAUUUACAAUUCUCAGUGUUAUCCAGGGGAUUUGUCCGGCGGGAAUGCUGACGUCAGAAAAUCCGAGUAAUGAGAUUCUAUCGACGAGCACGAGAUGCCCGAGGCUGUUACUUCACGGAGAUGAUGACUGUCACACUCGUCAUUUGGCACCAGCUAUUCUCCACAAUCUCGAGCAUUUACCUUGUCACGUACUCGAUGUUACUUCGUUAUUCGAGGAGACCGGUCGAGCUGCUGAGGAGACUAUUAUCCAAAAGGUGAAAAUUGCAAGGCAUACUCUUCCCUCGUUGCUUUACGUACCCGAUAUGAUGGCGUGGUGGGAUCUGGUUGGUGAAGCGGCACGUGUAGUCUUCACCUCUCUCAUGAAGGGACUUGAUCGAUCUGUUCACAUGCUCUUCCUCGCCACAAUCACCUGUAAUACGGAUAGCAUACCAAUCGAGAUAUUAGAGCUCUUUGAUGUGCACCAGAGCGAAAUAUUCGAGGUGUCGGUACCGGGACCUGUUGAGAGACUAGCCUAUUUCCAACAAAUAUUUACCAAAGUCCCUGGGAAAUCUGAUAAUAUAUCGAGCAGAUCGUCUUACGUGGAUUUUGUUCAAGUCCUUGGACCGAUCAAAUCGAAGGUUGAGGGGAAACGAAGCAAGGAGGUGGAGAUCAUUGAGACACCCAUCCCCAAGAGACGAAAGGAGGGGAAAAUUAGGAUGAAACUCAGCGCUGUCCACAGCACUAGCUCAGGAAAUGGCCCUAUUCCACGAAAUGGACUGAAGCGUGUGCACAGUGCCUCGGGCGAGGGUACAUCCUCAAAACGCCAGAGAGGAUGUGGAAACAGCCGACGCAAUUCAUUUGAGACUCUCACAGAGCUACAGGUGCAGGAUCUCCUAGAUCGAGCAGUUGAUUACACCGAAGACUGGACAUGUCAUCAGUUGGAGACAAUUCAUGCAGCCCUCGAACGAGUCCUUAAUUAUUCCGAGGGAGAUGUCUUCCCAGCUUUCACCAAGUGUCUCGAGAAUUUUCGAAAAAAUCAACGAACCCGAGACGUUAAUUAACUAUUUCAAUUCUGAACCUACCUCUCUUGUAUUAUAGUAAACACAU